ACACACACCCUCCCCCCGCCUUCUAGGGACAAGGGAGCAAGCUGUGAUGGCCUCGGAAGUGGGAGAAGGGUAUUGGGUGCUUUGUACAUGCAGCUUGUUCUCGAGUCCUCCCUACCCUCCCUUUCCUGUUCUCCUCUGGAACUUGCAGAAGAGUUGGGGCUUUUUAGGGAGAAUCCCUACCUCUAUCAGCACUGAACCAGUACAUGUCCACUGUCCACUGGCCCUGCUUGGACUGGAAUGGGAUUUGAGGCUGCCAGUGUAAAAAUACUACCCAAGAAGAGAGAGGACAAGAAUAAGACACAUUCCUUAUCCAGCUUAGCAAUUGCCCCCAACUCAAUAUCAGACCUUCCCUCUCCAAGAAGAAAACUGUUGCUAUACCAGAGAAAUGUCAUGUAGCUUCUUUCACAUUCCUUUUUUGUGUUCACUUUACUGGAUUCCUUGCUCUUCUCUUCCUCACUCCCCAACUCUAUUUCCCCUAAAACAGGAUCUGUUUUAGAACUGGUCUCCUCUCCCUUCUGAAAAUCCAUUCCUGUGCUAUCCAAAAACCUUGGAUUUACUGUGAAAGGUAGGGGUAUGACAAAAAAUGUUUUGUUGCAUCCUUCCUGGAGCCCACCCAAUCAAUUACCCAAGUGUAAGCUAUUUAAAUGUGUGCUAUUAUUAAUUGCUUCUCUGCCUUUGGCUAAGAUUGAGUAUAGAUGUACACUAUUAUUAGAAUUGGAGUACUUUCAGAAGCCCUGUUCUGGUAUUGGGUCAUAGCUGACCACACUCCAGCUCACCCUCACCCUGCUACUAUAUUUCAUCCACAUUCCUGCCACCUGAAUUUAGGAGGUAACUUUAAAGCUUUCCCCCAUUCCUAAGGUUUCAGGAGAACUUACUAUAACAGGUAGGAACUCCAAAGCAAAGUUCAUUUUUCUCACUUUGUGUUACCUAGGACUCGUCUUGGUAACUAAAUAAGUACACUUACCUCCCAUCACACUGUCUUUGACAGCCAAUUUCUACACCAAUUUUGACACCUUAUCCUUUGCUUAGGCCCAUCCCUUUUUGACACACUUUGAUGAUGUUGGAUAGUCAGGCUUAACCCCUGUGGCAUCCUUAAGAGGCAGACAUCAUAGUUGUAGUCAAAGUCCUUCAUUGGGAAAAAGAUUAGGAAUAAGAGCUGAAGAGCGGGGAGCUCCCCUUCCUAGGGACACAGGUACUGCUUGGCAGCUGGAGGGAACAGGGCUUCACCAUGAUUACAUUUCCUCUUCCCCUGGUUCCUGACCAUUGCUAAGCCCAUCUUCACCUCCCUAUGCCCUCCACCCUCCACUUGCUAUAACAUGCCAACACAGUCUUCCACAGCAGAUAGCAGCACCUCCUGCCAAUUUUGCUUUUAUUCCAAGACUAGUACAUUGGGCUUCAGCUGACCCAAGUCUGUGAUGGGAAAGGAGAGGCAACGAGGGAAGGAGACGGGGUGACAUUGGGCACAAGGUAACAAAAAGUGAUGCAGUUCGGCAGGGUGACUUGCAUGAGGCUUUGGGCCCUAGAACUUAGCCUGGCGUUAGAUAUGACUAUAUAGAAUGAAUGAAUCUUCCAGUCAUUUAGCCAGUUGACAUAAUUCUUAGAACCUUGAAUGGCUUGGGGCUGCUAAAGAGGGGGAGGCAAAAAUGUAGGCUGUGACUGUCCCUUCCUUAAAGCAUCCUUCUACCAACCCUCACUACUCUGAGUUCUCUGAACUCACUGACAUGUUGAUCUGCCCACCCCUUUUUCUUCCCUGUACUUAGUCCCCUCCCACUGAGAGCCCUUUCUUCUCUUACCAAGACCACAUUCCCACAGAUUACAAGAUUCACGUUCUUGUGAAGACCUGCACAAAAUCCCCAGGGCUGGAGAGCACCUGCCCCAUCCCAUGGGAGAGCAGGCUUCCUGGCACCAGAAAAGCAUGUCAUAUGUGAUGGAGGCCGAAGACUAACAGCUGCAUGUGAAAUGCUGCCAAUUAAUUUUUUUUUUUAAUUGUAAAUGCUGUGCAACCUGAACCAAAGUCAUUUGAAGGCAAGAUCCAAUUCAGAGGCUAUCAGUUUUCAAACCCUGGUCUAGAGACUACCUCACCGGAAGUGCUCGACAUGGUCCUGCAUGUUGGUCAGGCUCACUAAGUAGGACGGUGCUCUUUCUCUUUUCAUCACUUAUACCCUAGCACCUCGGAGAGGCAGAAACCAGGACACUAGGUUAUUCUGGAUAGAAGGCAGGAGUGGAGGGCCUUACCGAUGGAGGUAAAGUGUGGUCCACCUGAUGACAAAGAGGGCUCCUUUGGGGAGAGCUGUCGCAGGGUUCUGGUAACAAAAGUUGAACCAUUAAUGAAGAGGGAGAAUAUGCUUUAUGCCUGGACAUCCUUCUCACCUUGAGGUCCCCAGAGAUAUUGAUCCCAAUGAAUACCCCAUGGCUAAGGAGAAGAUGGGAAACAUACCAAAGAAACUGCCUUCCAGACCAUGCCAUUAUUUUCCAAGAAAAUGCUUCCAACAUAAAAGUGCAGGGAGAAAAGAUGGAGUUUUGAAGAGUAUCUCUGGCUUCCCUUCAUUCAGCCAAGAUUAUUACGCCUCUGCUAAGUUUAGUGCCAGUAACUUAGGUGAUGGUGGGAAGAAUAAGGGAAUUUUGCAAACUAGCCAGCCUAGGAACUUACAGGCUUCGAGUGGUCUGACGGUCAGUUUGCAAAUUGAAUACAGAAUCAGAACUCAAGGGGUCUUUUCUGAAGAGGUUUGGGCUAAUGAGCUCAGUCCCUGCUCCAAGGGGAGGUAUUCAUUCCCUUUAGUGCAUUUCUCAGCCAUCUUCCCACUAUCUCACCUUGGUACCCAAAGAAGUCAGUGGCUGGGGUUUGUGGGAGGAAUGUUGCAAGCUGGUAGCUGAUAGAGGAGGAUAAGGAAGAAGAUAAUUUGGACCUGAAAUACCACAAGUGAAGAAAAAGGAGAAAUGUGAGUGGAAGGAAAGGAGUAACAAUCUACUUCACCUCCUUUCUUUGUCCCAUCUUCACUCUCCCCUCCUUUCCCACCAGUCUUUUCCAUGAGUGUGGCUAAAUGGGAGUCCUUUUUCUUCUUGCCUCAAACAGCAGUGUCCCUUCGCAUUCCGGGGGGGGGGCGUGAAUCUCAAGAUUAUAAGUAUCUGGAAGCAAGAAACAGAAUUUCUCAUCUGGUAGUCUUAUCUGGUGCUCAUCCCAACAGAUCUUAAGAAUGAGUCCUACUUUCCCCUUGAAGAACUGACAUGAGGAGUUUCUUCCAGCAAAACUGUCCAGUUUCAGAUCUGGGCCCCUGGAAAUCUGCUCUGCCAGCUACACACACACAUACAUACAAACGUACAUUUCCUCACAUUUGGCCCCUCCCAGAUCUGUGCAGAUCUCAAAGCCAUCCCCUCAGCCUUCUCCCCAUGCCCCUCCCCGACUUUAAUUCCAGCGCUUGCCUUAGACUCCCAUGCCCAGAAAGGUGGUCACAGUCACCAUGCCCACUACCUGCCACUCAUUUUCGGGAUCCAUGUGUCACAGCUGCACCUGAUACUUCUAGAAGUGCAGAACACGGAGGCUGGGGUCAUAGAGACUUAACGGACCAAUUUGAUGCCUCCAUCUGAUUCUUAAAAUGACUCGCCCAGGCUACAGUCAUAAAAAAUGCAGGCUGGUGGCCAGCUGGCUUGAGAAAGGAUGCACCAAGGGAGGGGAUGGGCAGUACUCAGAGCAGGUCCAAAAGGGUGUCCACGAAGCCUGCCAUGUGCCAAGCCACAGCUACUGGGUUGAGAAAAGUGAAAAUGAUCCUGAAGAAACUCAAGUCUGGGACCCAAUCUGUAUGAGAUAAAAAAAAAAAAAAAAGUACAUGUCACCUGAUCAGAACAGUCUGAUCUCAGCGAUUCCUUACAGGCCCUGAGGUAACCGAGUGGUAAGACAUCAGCCUUGAUUUUGCCAUAGUGGAGAUGGCGAGAUAGGCUGGUGAUGGUAGUGACUGAAGCUGAUAGCAGGAUAAUGAGCCGUGAGCCCUAGGGUGGGGAUAGGAGUAGGCCCCUUUAAUUCACUCAGGGCGAAUCCUGUAAUCCCUUCCUACUGCCCAGCAGAGCCCUGAGCUCACGCCUGUGCCCACCUGAGCAGUGACCCAAGGCAGCAGCAGGUAGAGGAUAAUGCCCCAGGUGUUGAGCAUGCAGCAGACCUGGUGGGGCAGGGUGGUGAGGGAGAAACUGAGGUCACCCUCAGCCCUCUCCUCCCUCCCACAGAAAUACCCUCUGAGAACUCUGAGCGACGUUCUCUCUCCCCUGUCUAGACCCUCAACCUUUGGGAACCCUGAGCUACCACUAACCCAGUGGAAGUGCACGAGGGCCUUGCCAGGCCCAGCCCCCACAUUCUCCCAUCAUCUUGGGAGUGUGGCUUGGUGUGGGGCCCCUCUGCAGAGGUGGGAGCCCGGCUAGCCCCUGACUGAGACAGCGAAGAUGAGGCUGAGGUGCCCAGACCCUUCUGCAGCCAGCACAUCAGCAACCAGGAGGAAGGCCAGUAGACCUGGAGGUUUGUCAGGGUGGGGCAUGUCAGUCCCAAGGCUUUAAUGGAGGGUGUCCCUAGCCCAUCCAGUCCAGGACUCUGGUCCCCACUAUCUGGUCGUUUCGCUCUCUCGCCAGGGACCCUACCGUGGUCUUAAAGGAAACCCCCAGCAGGGGUGGGGCACCUAGGGUGGUAGCCCUAACACUAGCCCCUUCCCCUUCCCCACCCACGAGGGACCCAGCGGGUUACGUUUGCAUUUCACAUCGGUGCUGUUCGCUCCAGGGUCCCAGUUUCAUCGUUGCAGGGAAAAUUCAAGUCAAAACCCAGGAAUGACCCCAAACGUGCUUCACUGCUCUCGCCCCCGUUUCCGCGGGUCUAUGCGGUCCAGUCUUCACCCACCCGCCCCAGCGCGGUCCGAGGAACACAGCCUUUCCGUCCUGCCUCACUCCACCCAACCCCCGCACCCUCCGGCAUCCGAGUUUGCCUCGCUCAGCGGCAGGACAUGACCUACAGAUGGAAGGGGAUAGGCGGUCAUCUCAGGACCGGGCCCAGGAGGAUUGGGUGUCGGACUUCGGACACCCGGAGCCCAGGCCCACGCCUGCCAGCGCCGGCUAAAAUUAGCGGGUGCGGCCGCUCGCUCGGUUGCGGGCGAGUCCCCGCUGCCACGCCGCCCGACGCAGAGCAAGCUCGAGUGAGAGGGCGAGCGGCCGCUGGUGUCUCGGGAAGCAAUCCAGUGAACGUAGGCCAUGAGCGUCUCGGCCUCGGAACACCGUGCCUCGGACCGGGGGCGCGUCUCCCUGCCCAUCCAGAAGGAUGGUCGUGGCUUCCCUUCGCCCGGCCGGAGACACCCGCCCUGGCCUCAGACCCCGGACGAGGAUCCCAGUUUGCCCCCCUUUCCUCUGGAAGAGCCCGGUCCCAGGUCCGUGGCCCCAGGGGACCUCCCCUCUCCCGCCUGGUCCCUGGAGGAGGAGGACGAUGACGAGGAAGACGCGGCGGAGCCCGAGGGGCUGCGCAGCGAGGAGCAUCCGAGCCAAUUUUUCGCGGAGGCACAGCGGCUGCGGGAGCAGAGGUUGUUGCUGGAUGAAGAGGUGUCAGUGGCGGGGCGAGUCUACGGGGUGCAUCGGGUGAUCUUGGCCGCAGUUAGCAGCCUUUUUCGAGGCAGGCUGCUGGACGGCAUUGGUCCGCGACCCCCCGUCAGCCUCGACGUGGCCCCCAAGGCCUGGGAGGCCGUGCUGACCUUUGCCUAUGAGGGAGUGCUCAAUCCCGUCCCGCUGAGGCAGGUGCUGGCGGCAGCCAAGGCCCUGGGAGCACCCCGAGUGGAGGCCGCGGCCCAGCGGCAGCUCAAGAAGGCUGGACGCGCCCAGGACGAAGAAAAGCAGCCCAGCCAGGAGGAGGAGCUGAGGGAGAACCUGCGCAGCAUUGAGCUCUUCUACCAAGAGGGCGUCGGGUGUGACUUGGAGCUGGAAGCAGGCGGCUGCAGGCUGAGGGUGCACCGAGCAGCCCUGGCCUGUGGCAGCGAGUUCUUUGGGGCCAUGCUCCUGAGUGGGAUGAGGGAAUCCCAGGGCACACAGGUGUCUCUCCACACCAUCUCUGCCCAGGACCUGCGACUCCUCGUCUCUUUUGCCUACUCUGGGGUUGUGCGGGCAAGAUGGCCAGGACUACUGAGAGCUGCCCAGGCUGCCCUGCAGUACCAGAGCUCUUCCUGCCUAGCUCUGUGCGAGACAGCCUUGGCACGGGGCCUCAGCCCUGCCCGUUGCCUGGCCCUCUUCCCCAUGGCCGAAGUCCCCGGAUUGGAGAGGCUCUGGAGCAAAGCCCGUAAUUACCUCCUCACCCACCUGCCCGCUGUGACCUUGUGCCCCACGUUCCCUUCUUUACCGGCUGCCUGCCUGGCUCAACUCCUGGAAAAUGAUGAACUACACUUGCAGGAGGAGUUUGAGGCCUUUGCGGCUGCACGAUGUUGGCUCGCAGCCAACCCUGAGACCCAGGAGUCAGAGGCCAAGGCCCUGCUUCGAUGUGUCCGCUUCGGCCGGAUGUCCACCAAGGAGCUCCGGCGAGUUCGGGCGGCUGGGCUGCCUCCGCCCCUGCCCCCAGACUUGCUGUGUCAACUGAUAGUGGAGUCGGAGAUUCCAGGUCAGGAGAGGCGGAGGGAACCGGACCAGGCUUUGGUAGUGAUUGGUGGAGACGGGCUCAGAUCAGACAUGGCCAUAAAAGAGCCAUCCCGAGGAGUGUGGUGGGCCCGGGCCUUCCGCUGCGGCAUGGGGCUGGUCCGAACUGUGGAGUGGGGCCGGCUGCCUGCCCUGCCUGCCCCAGGACGCUUCCGGCAUGGGGCCGUGAGCCUGGCAGGAAGUGAAAUCUACGUGUGUGGGGGACAGGAUUACUACAGCCACGCCAACACCUUGGCUUCUACUCUCAGGUGGGACCCCAGUCAAGAGGACUGGAAGGAGAUGGCACCUUUGUGCCAGGCUCGGAGUUUUUUCCCCCUGGUGGCACUGGAUGGACUACUUUAUGCCCUGGGUGGACGAGCCAAUGGUGUUGCCCUAAACUCUGUGGAGACCUAUGACCCUGAGCUCAACGUCUGGAGGCCAGCACCUGCACUUCCAGCACCACGCUUUGCCCAUGCAGCUGCUAUUUUGGAGGGCCGAUUGUACAUAAGUGGUGGCUGCAACGGGAAUAGCCAAUGCCUGGCCUCAUUACUGCACUAUGACCCUAAACUUGAGAAACCAGGGACACUUCUGAGCCCUAUGGGGGUAGCUCGAGCUGGCCAUGUCAUGGCUGCUCUGGGUGGGCGGUUGUAUGUAGCAGGUGGGUUAGAUGAGACUGGGGACCUGCUGAGCUUUGAAGCUUAUGACCCAAAGACUGAUAGCUGGACUCACCUGGUACCUCUGCCCUCCCCCCACGUGGGAGCUGCAGGGGCUGUGCUGCAGGGAGAGUUCCUGGUGCUGGGGGGCUACAGCCACCUUACUUACGCCCUCUCCCACCUUAUCCAUGCGUACUCUCCGGGCCUGGGCCGAUGGCUCUGCCUGGGAACUCUGCCAAGGCCGCGGGCUGAGAUGCCUGCCUGCAUCCUGACUCGGCCCACUGUGCAGCACAUAGGUUUAGGUCCCACAGGGCACCAAACCAAACCUGCCGGGUGAGUGUGGAGCAGCAGCAGUGGGUGGGGGAGGAAGGGAUAAGAUAUAUCAUGAGAGAAGGACCGAGAUGAAGGGGAGACAAAGAGAAGUCUUUUUUUCAGGAUAGUAUUUUAUUCUAGUACAGUGCUUUACAACUCAUAAACUGCUUUUGAAUAUAUGAUCUUCAUGGAAGAAAAGGUGGCUCCAGAAUUGCCAGGGAAAGGGCGUUGAGGAAGGGGAACAGCUGAAUGCCUAGGUAAGGAGAGGAGACCCAGAAGCGACUGUACAAGGUUUGGGGAUCCUGGUAGUAUUUCUAGCGGGAACAGCACAUCUAGCUGGAAGACAGUCAAGAAGCUCCAGUAGCCACAGUAUAGGGGCUAUGAGAGGACAACCGGGAAAAGGAGGAUCCUGACCAUGGAACAAGGAGCAAAUCAUUUAAAGGCCAUCUAUGAAUGAGUUUGAGGAGUCGGGGGGCAUGGGGCAGGGAGGACUGUAAUCGCUGAGUCCUUCCCCUUUCCAGUUUUUGCUCCUCUCUUCUCUCCAAUCCCUGGGUCACCUGAACCCUUUGACAAUAUUGUUUCUCAGGUGACUUGUAGGCACAAUCUAGAGUCUCCUCAGUCCAGACACCACAGGCUGCCCCUAGAGCCUCUUGGUAUUUAAUCGGAGGCAGAAGUUCCCAUCUGGACCUGGCACAGCACAGGGGUGAGAUGCCAGGGCACUAAGGUGGGAGUGCUGCAUGUGGGGAAGACGAGGAGGAAAGAAGCAAAGUGGGGAGGCGCCACAGUGGAAAGGGGUUUGAGGGGAACGGGGGUAGAAUAAGUCAGCAGCUUAACUGGCUUCUUUCCUUCCCUUUGGGGUCAAUUGAGGGAUUAGGAGUGAAAGGAGGACAGUGUGAUAUGAGGUUGUGGGAGGAAGUGGUAGGGAGAAGAGUGAGAGGCAGAGAAGACAUGGAAAAUUGGUUUUCCUCUGUUCUGUGCCUUUCCUCCAGACUUUUUUGAAUCCGUUUCCCUUUUUCUUGGCAGGGAACAUUGAGUCAGAUGCUUUCUCUCUCACUUUCUCCAACCUACUUUUCCUUCCUUUUUCUUCUUCUUCCUUUCUCUCCUCCUUUCUCCCUCACAGUUGUUUAUUCCUUAUUAUAUGUCAGGAACUAUAUGAGACACUAAGGACACAGAGGUCAGAGAGCUCCUGACCAGCAGACAGACUUGUAAACAAAUACUAGUUUUUCAGUGGACUUAGAAGUGUGAACUCUUCCCUCACAUCUCUCAUACACACUUAGCCUAUGAGAGCCCAUCCCCUGAGGAUGGAAGAGUGAACUGUGCCCAGGGAAGUCUUCUGUUACAGAAGGCAGCAUCAUCAGAUGCGUGUGGUUUGAACUGGAUCUUGAAGGCUGCCUGGUUCACCAGUCGGAAAAGGAGGAAGACAUUCCUGAUAGAGAAAGGAAGCAAGUGGGGAAUGUAGUGCUCUGUGUCUCCAUAGCAAAGGGGAAGUUAGAAUUCCAGCGGUUCUUCAGAGAAUUCUGCUGCUGUGGCCAACCGUCUUUCUUCUCUGGAGCCUUUCUGAAGACAAUUGCUUUCACUUAAUGAUUGUAUAUUCCCUCCCUCCACAACCCCCCUAAAUCUUUUCUGUAUGAUAUUUCCAUUUCUCUGAAUGGAAAUAUCAUACAGCUGAGGACAAAGGGCAGCUUUCGACAAAGGGCAAGUUCUUUGCAUAGAUCAAUCUUCUGCUGCCAUUGUUCAUUAAGAAUCUCAUACUCCUGCCUUAACCAGUUUGGCUCAGUGGAUAGAGCAUCGGCCUGCAGACUGAAGGGUCCCAGGUUCGAUUCUGGUCAAGGGCCUGUACCUUGGUUGCAGGCACCUCCCCAGUAGGGGGUGUGCAGGAGGCAGCUGGUUGAUGUUUCUCUCUCAUCGAUGUUUCUCUCUAUCCUCUCCCUUCCUCUCUGUAAAAAAUCAAUAAAAUAUAUUUUUUAAAAAAAGAAAAAAAAGAAUCUCAUACUCCUAAGGUUGAGAAGAAGGAGCCCCAUCGUACCUCUAUUCAUCCUGGCCUGAGGGGUACUUGAAAUGUUUGUUAUUGUUGUUGUUUUAGAUAGUAUUAUUUUAUUAAGGUUAUUUUCUAUAUCUAUUUAGGAGCAUAGUUGAAAAUGAGGAGGGGUAAGUAGGAUUUUUAAUAGAAAAGAGAAGAAAGAUCAAAGAACACAGGGAAGAAGGAAAUCGGAAGCAUUGAGAAACUAUAAGAAUUGAGUCUUGCCCUGGCUGGUGUGGCUCAGUUGGUUGGGCUUCAUUCCAUGCACCAGGAGGUUGUUGGUUCAAUUCCCUGGUCAAGGACACAUGCCUGGGUGUUAGGCUUGAUUCCUGGUAGGUGGCAUGCAGGAGGCAGCCGAUAGAUAUUGUGCUCUCGCAUUGAUGUUUCUAUCUCUCUCCCUCUCCCUUCCUCUCUAAAAAUCAAUAAACUAUUCUUAAAAAAAAAGAAAAAGAAUUGAGUCUUUAGGGUGAACUCUGAACAUAUUUAUAUGAUUUGUAUGCAAAGAUAGGCUUAAAUAAAGGCUUUCCCAUGAUUGAA